AUGCCCCUCGAUCGAAUUCCGUCGAUGGCGACCACCAAAGACGCAAGGUACCGCGCCAAACAGGAUGUUGCAGAACAAAACGAAGAUCAGACCCUAGUGGAAAUUCUCACAAAACGAGACCAGUUGGAAACCGUUCAGUGUACGUAUUAUCAGACCGAGGAAAUGAGUAAUACUUCCGCUGAUAGUGAUAGUAGUAGUAGUAGCGGACAAGCCCUGGGCUUGGUGGAAACCGGUAGUAGUACUUGUACAGAUCAGCCAAGAGAAACGGUAAUGCAGACUGCCCAGAGAAAUAAUAAUGCUCAAGAGGAGUUGCUGAUCCAAGCACUGGAAAAUGAGCAGCAGUAUGAGGAUACCCCUUCCGACGAAGGAUGUCCACCGGUGCCCACAGAGGUUUCCCACGGGCUUCGGCAGCCCAGUGGUGAUACAGAUGUGGAGACGUGUGUUUCUUCAGUAACAGAUGGGCUGCAGGAUGCCGAUCUGUUUGUGGAUCACAUGUACCCAACUCUGAACACGGUUGUGGAAGAAGAGGAAUCACAUUCCAAUUUGGCCCUCAAGUCACUCAACGACAACUCAAACCGUUCUCGUGCCUCAUCAACUACUACGACUGGGGAGACACAACAGCAGCAGGCCUCCCAAAACCAGCAGCACUAUGAAAUGUCCCUAAACAAAACAGAGUCCAAGGAAGAAUUGCAAAGGAACGAGGCAGCUGUGCCCAAGGCUGCCAAGAUGGAUAAGCGUGAUCAGGCUUCUCCAGCUGCCAUUAUUGUUGGCAUUGGGAGUAGAACGACAUCGGCCCUUCUGGUAGACAAAUCUGACAACCAACAGGACGAUCAGAAGGACCUUCAAGGCAAACCAGAGGCUUUGCGACCCAAAGAAAACGCUUCCGGUACCAUCAACCCUCAGGAACCAGCUCCUGACCCUCAGCAGCCAGUAUCGACGCCAGGAGCCCACAGCAUUGAUGGCCCCGGCAGCAACAGUGCCAUUGACACUACGGAUGGCCGGAUUCUCCAAGUUCCUCCAUCUACAACUGCUCCAAUGGACAAUACUGAGAUUAUUGAUCGCCAAUUGAUGGCACAACUGUCACAGUUGAAGGAGUUGAUCUUGUUCAGGAAUGGCUUGACAGGUACCCUGCCAACUGAGCUUGGUUUGAUGACCAAUUUGACCGAUGUUUCAGUGCUGGCUAAUGCUGUCACUGGGACCAUCCCAACUGAGCUGGGGCGGCUUACUCUCUUGACAAGCUUGCACCUAGCGUCAAACUCACUUGAGGGCACGCUUCCCAGUGAACUUUGGUUGCUUACAUCGCUUGAGUCUUUGGUUGCAGGGCAUUAUCCUGUUGGGAAUGCAGUUGGAAACUAUUUGACAGGACAGUUGCCAAGUGAGAUUGGAACAAUGACUUCACUAAGACAGCUGAGCUUUUCACGAAAUCUGUUUACGGGUGAAAUACCCAGUGAAUAUGGGCUGCUGAUAUCCCUCCAAUCGAUGUUCUUGUUUGAUAACUUUCUUUCUGGUGGUUUGCCCAGUGAGGUUGGAAUGAUGACCUUGCUAAAAUAUUUAAUGGUUCAAGGCAACAUGCUAUCGGGACUGUUUCCAAAUGAACUGCAAGAGCUGGCAGCACUUCAAUGGCUCACUCUUGAGAACAACAACCUCUCUGGCAGCCUUCCUUCAGAGCUGGGAUUGCUGACUGGACUUCUGAAUUUGAAGCUUGGAGGCAACAGUUUCUCCGGUAGCAUUCAUUCAGAGCUGGGCCAGCUAAUGUCACUGCAAGAGCUGGACUUAUCAGAUCUGACCCUCCUGACUGGACCGAUUGCUUCUGAAUUAUCUUCCCUCCCAAGCCUGGGAUGGUUGAAUCUUUCGGGCAGCGUUGGGGUGACUGGUACUGUGCCUGAUGAGCUUUGCUUUUUUCAAAACUCCUCUUGUGCCUACGUUUGGAGCACCAAGCCUUGCUUUCUUGCUUUUGAUUGCACAGACCAACUUUGUGGAUGUGAUUGUUUGUGCUCCAAUGAGACAUCCAAUAGGAAUUCUUAG